AUGCCAUCCUCAAAACCUCAUCCUCCUGUCGUGGGCAAAGUGACUCAUCACAGCAUCGAGUUGUACUGGGAUCGGGAGAAGGCGGCGAGACGUCAAGGCCCACAGGAGCACUGGUUCAGGUUUUCGGUUGAGGAGGAAGACCCCAAAAUGCACACUUACGGUGUCAUCUAUACGGGAUAUGCGACUCAGCAUGUUGUCAAAGGGCUGGAGCCGAGGACACUCUACCGAUUUCGACUGAAGGUCACCAGCCCCUCCGGAGAAUACCAGUACAGUCCUGUGGUCGCGGUGUCUACGACCAGAGAGCCCAUCAGCAGCGAGCAUUUCCACCGCGCUGUCAGCGUGAAUGAUGAGGAUUUCCUCCUUCAGAUCCUUCGAGGAGGGAACGUGAAGGUCGAUGUGCCCAAUAAGUUUGGCUUCACAGCGCUGAUGGUUGCUUCUCAGAAAGGAUACACCAGGCUUGUGAAAAUCCUUGUGUCCAACGGCACCGAUGUGAAUCUGAAGAACGGAAGUGGCAAGGACAGUCUCAUGCUUGCGUGCUACGGGGGACACCUAGACAUUGUGAAGUAUCUCCGAAGACACGGUGCUUCCUGGGACACCAGAGACCUGGGAGGCUGCACGGCCCUGCACUGGGCAGCAGACGGAGGCCACUGCAACGUGAUCAAGUGGAUGAUCAAGGAGGGCUGUGAGGUAGAUGUCACGGACACCGGCUCCAGGUGGACCCCCCUCAUGCGUGUGUCUGCGGUGUCUGGAAACCAGAAGGUGGCCUCCCUUUUGAUCGAGGCCGGAGCAGACGUGAACGUGAAGGAUAAGGAUGGGAAGACCCCUCUGAUGGUGGCCGUGCUGAAUAAUCACGAAGAGUUAGUGCAGUUACUUCUUGACAAAGGGGCAGAUGCCAGUGUGAAAAAUGAGUUUGGCAAAGGUGUCCUAGAAAUGGCCCGAGUGUUUGACAGACAGAAUGUACUGUCUUUAUUGGAAGAAAGGAAAAAACAAACACAGAAGAACUCCUCUACCUGA